UCUCUCUCUCUCUCUCUCUCUCUCUCUCUCUCUCUCUCUCUCUCUCUCUCUCUCUCUCUCUGUCGGAUUCAGAUUAUCUCCAUCAUCCUGCCGCUGAGAUGUCGACUCCAGAAGCAGCCGGUUCUCCCGGGGGCCCGGACGGUGAAGGGGGCCCCCCGGCCCCGGCCCCAAAUCUCACCAGCAACCGACGACUGCAGCAGACACAAGCACAAGUGGACGAGGUGGUGGACAUCAUGCGUGUGAACGUGGACAAAGUCCUGGAGAGGGACCAGAAGCUGUCGGAGCUGGACGACCGGGCCGACGCCCUCCAGGCCGGAGCCUCGCAGUUUGAGAGCAGCGCCGCCAAACUCAAGAACAAGUACUGGUGGAAGAACUGCAAGAUGAUGAUCAUCAUGGCAGUUAUAGGCGUUAUAUGUUGUGGAGUCAUCUUCUUGUAUUUCUUCUACUGAGCUGGUCUUCAGGGAUGGACGCCACGAGUCGCAGCAGGACGAGUCUGCACCGACGCCGCCACCGAGCCAAAUACCCAGCCUCUUCUCAGCACUCCUCCUGCUCUUCAUUCUCCUUUUCCUCGCCGAUGCCUUCCUCAGAACACCACCAUGCUUGGUCUGUGAUGUGCUCCAUGCAGUGCCUCCUUUUCUUCUCUGCUCCUCUUGGGAAACGUCUCUCCGGGCAGGAAUCCUGGGUGGAUGUCAUAUUUUUUGGGUUCCC